AUGAAGCUCCCACGGUCAGAUAGCACUGUCUAUCAUGGCGACAUAAUAAGAACGAGCUGGUCCUCAAAUGUAAUCGUGGUACGCGUUCUGUACACAGUGACAACUUCGCGCCACGCCUUCCAUGGCGUGUUGGCCAAGAAUCUCGACUGGUCUGCUCAAGAUGAGCCAAACAGUGAUGAACUACUAUGGGUUUACAACAUUGCCGGGCAGGUAUCCCUCUGGCAGGAAAUGCGACAGCGCCCGAAAGCUGGCGCGGAGUUUACCGACCAUGAAAUCCAAGAGAUUAUCGGCCAUUACGAGCUCGAGGAUGGCCGCCUGUUCUAUGCGAUCAAGUGGGC